AUGGUGUCCUCGCAGACGGAGGCGAUCGGCGUGACAGCCGCGGCGUUCACCCCGCUCCUCGGCGCGCUCGGUCUGUUCAUCUGGAACAAGGUCUGGACGGGCGACGCGUACACGCUCAACCUCGUGAAAUGCAGCGUCGGUUCUCUGGGCUUCGUCUUCAUGGGUCUGUGCACCAGGGGCGCGACGUGGCUCGGCGGCGCCGACGACGUCGCAGUCUUCUGGCUCAUCGUGUCGUCAUUCGUCGGGAUCGUCAUCGGGGACAACCUCUGGCUCCACUCGCUCUCCGUGCUGGGCGCCAGACGGGUCAUACUGAUCGACAUACUGAAACCCUUCAUCGCGCUGAUCUUCGCGCACCUGCUGCUGUUCGAGGGGAUCGGCUACGCCACCGUCCUGGGCAUGUGCAUCACCCUCGCGGGCGUCCUGACCGUCGCGCUGGAACGCGAGGGCGACGCGAAGGAGCGAACGGACGGGCGUGGUGAGUCACCGGGCGGUGAGUCACCGGGUACGGUGGAGCUAUCCGACGUCGCCGCGGACGACGGCUCCGAGCUUCUCCCAGCCGACUCGCCCAGGAGCGGUCGAGACGACGUAACGGGCGUAACGGCCGUGACGGCCGCGUCCACGACGGAAGCGGUCGCCUCGAGCGCGCUGCGCGACAGCAGGAUGAGGUGGGGGUACGUCGCCGCGGCGUUGAACGUGGCGUUUGAUACGUGGGGAACCGUUCUUACAAAGGAGCACGGCGUGGGUCUGAACACGUGGGAGAUCAACGUGGUUCGCUUCGGGUUCGCGGCGUUAGCGCUGGCGCUCGGCGCGGUGUUUCGCGCGUACGCGCAGCCGCGCAUUCACGCGGCGAUGCGGAGGCGGCGAGAGAACGAGCCGGACUUUGACGACGUCGAGGACGGCGGGCGGAGGCGGGCUCGGGGUUGGCACGGGGUAAAGCCCGGCGGGAGCAACGCGUUUCGGCUUCCGGAUCUGACUCGCUCUCAGUGGGGACAGGUGCUCGUGGGGAUCAUGUUCACGACGUUUUUGGCGCCGGGGUUGGGGAACUUCGCGCUGUUCAAGGUUCCCAGCCUGGCGGUGUUCAGCACCUUGAUGUGCGUAGGGCCCAUCUACGCGUUGCCGCUGGGGUACCUGAUCAAAGGGGAAGAGGUCAGCGCCAGGGCGGUCGGUGGAAGCGUCUUGGCGGUCGUCGGGGUGAUCCCGAUGUUCUUUUGGGACCACAUCAUAGCCUAG